AUCGUCCUUUGUUCAUCCCCUUCUCUCGCACUUUAGCCUUUUGUCCUCUCUCUCUCUCUCUCUCUCUAUCUCUAUCUCUCUCUGUGUACCGUACGCCUCCUCUCUUCUUAUCAUUCGCACCCCCUCCCUCUCGCUCUCUCUCUCUCUCUCUCGCUCUCUCGCUCUCUCGCUCGCUCUGUUUUAUCAUUACACGGGGGAUUUUCCCAUUACCGCCUAGAUUUGGGGAGAACAAGAAGGAAGGAAAUCCUGGAGAUCAGGAGCAAUGGGUUUGUAAUAGAAAGAAAGCCAGUGAUCUUGUAAUGUUACGAUGGCUCAGAUGUUGUGGGUUUGUUCGCUUGGUUUCGUGGUUUUGUUGAAUACGUAAGGAACUUUCUGGAAGUGGGGUUUUUUUUUUUUUUUGAGGAUCUUGCGUGGUGGGUUUUCUUUUGUGGUUGUUGGAUUUUCUGAGACCGGGUUUUAAUGGCUGGGAGUCAUGAAGUCAACCUCAAUGAGUCCAAGCAGGUGGUUCCGCUGAAUACAUGGGUCUUGAUCUCGAAUUUCAAGCUGGCUUACAAUCUUCUUCGUCGUCCCGAUGGUACUUUCAACCGCCACUUGGCAGAAUUUCUUGACCGAAAAGUUCCGGCAAAUGCACACGCAGUUGAUGGGGUUUACUCUUUUGAUGUCAUCAUUGACCGUGAAACUAGCCUUCUUAGCAGAAUAUAUCGUCCAGCUAAUGGAGACGAACCUCGUUCAAACAUCGUUGAUCUUGAGAAGCCUGUGAGCUCUGAGGUUGUCCCUGUAAUAAUCUUCUUUCAUGGUGGAAGCUUCGCCCACUCCUCUGCAAAUAGCGCUAUAUAUGAUACUCUAUGCCGCCGAUUAGUGGGAAUCUGCAAGGCUGUGGUCAUCUCAGUAAAUUAUCGUCGUGCACCCGAAAAUCGGUAUCCAUGUGCCUAUGAUGAUGGAUGGGCUGCUCUCAAUUGGGUGAACUCAAGAUCAUGGCUUCAAAGCAAAAAUGACUCAAAGGUUCAUAUAUAUUUGGCCGGUGACAGCUCCGGUGGAAACAUUGUGCACAAUGUCGCUUUAAGAGCAGUGGAAUGUGGAAUCGAAGUAUUAGGGAACAUCCUGCUCAAUCCAAUGUUUAGUGGGCAAGUGAGGACUGAAUCUGAGAGACGGUUAGAUGGGAAAUAUUUUGUUACCCUCCUCGACCGAGACUGGUACUGGAGAGCUUUUCUCCCUGAGGGCGAAGACAGGGACCAUCCGGCGUGCAACCCAUUUGGUCCAAGGGGUAAGAGCCUGGAAGGACUCAAGUUUCCCAAGAGCCUUGUUGUGGUGGCUGGUUUGGAUCUUAUUCAGGACUGGCAAUUGGCUUAUGUUAAAGCGCUUGAGAAAGUUUAUCAAGAAGUGAAACUUCUAUAUCUGGAGAAGGCAACAAUUGGGUUCUACUUGUUGCCCAACACCGAACACUUCUAUACCGUGAUGGAUGAGAUAAGUAACUUUGUGAGUUCUGACUGUGAAUAGAAUUUGACUUUACCAAUACCAACAGGCAGCCAUACAUAAUAGAAGCUUGACAUUCGGCCCGGGGUAAUUAAGGAUUGCUUGAUAGUUUGUAAGGUUGUGUAGUAAUACUCUACUUACUGUUCGCUGUUGUAUUGAUUUGCCGUGGUAUAUAUUUAGAUCCUUCAACGCUGGAGUUUGGUCCUUGGUUGUUGGAUAUAUUAUAUACAGAAGGGUAUUAGUUCUGCAUGUAGCUGGAUUGGGAUGCCUUUCUGUUGGUGGAAAAUCUAAAAUUUCUGGAUUUGGGUUGAAGCUUAAGUUGCAGCAAGUGCUGUUUGACUAAGUUAGCAAGUUCCAACGGAGACUGAGAUUACCCAUUUAUUGACUUUUGGCCACAAAGAAAAAGAGGAUCUUGAUACUGUGGGGGUUAUAACAUUUGGUUGUUGAUCGACCUGCUUGGUGCCUGGCUAAUGAUAUAUAUAUAUAUAUAUAUAGAAUAUAUAUAUAUAUAGCUAAUCUCGAGACAUGGAUGUUAAAAACAUCCAUGGUAUUGUAAUCUUGUUAUGUUUAUAGAUAUAUGCCUUAGAUUAUAUAAAAUGUUUGCUUGUUGGGUAUGGCCUUUUGUAGUUGAAUUUUCCUCUGUUUUCUUUUUGUAUGGUUCGUGUUUUGACAAGUCUACUUGGCAACUGUAAAUGAAAGAUAUUUUAUA